AUGAAGCUCCGACCUCAUCUCCGCGUCCAACAGUCCCGAUCAGCCUUCGCAGAGGGAAAUGCGCGGUGGACCAACCUAGACCUGGACCCUGUCCCCCGCCAUCUCCGCCAAUGGGGACCUGUGAGCUUCAUCUCAUAUUGGAUCUCAGACGCCUUCAACGCCGCCACCUGGCAAUUCGCCAGCAGCAUGAUAGCCGUGGGCCUGGGCUGGCGGGACUCGCUCAUCAUCGUCGCCAUCUCCUUCCUGAUCAUCUCCUUCGUCAUCGCCGGAAAUGGCGCCGUGGGCGCCAUCUACCACAUUCCAUUCCCGGUCAUCGCCCGCGCCAGCUGGGGCUUCUGGGGCUCGUACAUCGCGAUCGUGUCGCGAGUCAUCCUGGCGCUGUUCUGGUUUGCGAUCCAGAACGUCAACGGCGCAAAUGCGGUGCGCGCCAUGAUCGGCGCCAUCUGGCCCAGCUUCCUCACGCUCGAGAACGGUAUCCCCGAGAGCGAGGGCAUCACUACGAACGGCAUGGUGUCGUACCUCAUCUUCUGGCUCGUGCAGUUCCCGUUCCUGUGCAUCCAUCCCAAUAAACUCCGCUGGCUGUUCAUGGUCAAAUCCGUGCUGGUGCCGAUUGCCUGGAUCGCCAUCUUCAUCUGGGCGUUUGUCGCCGAGAGUGGCGGCGGACUACUCCAUCAGAAAGCGACCGUGUCCGGGUCGAAAUACAGCUGGCUCUUUCUCGCCAACAUGACCUCCGUACUGGGCAACUAUGCCACGCUCAGCGUCAACCAGUCCGACUUCUCGCGCUACUCGCGCGUCAGCGCAAAAUGGCAACUCCUGUACAUCCCCAUGCUACCCGUGAUCUUCACCUUCCUCUCCUUCAUCGGGAUCGCUGCCUCGAGCGCAGGCCAAGCGCGAUACGGCGGCGCCAUCCCCUGGGACCCGAUCGAGCUAAUCAGCAAGUGGACGAGCCGCGCAUGCCGGUUCUUCGGGGCCUUCAGCUUCGCGCUGGCGGCGCUGGGGGUCAACAUCUCGGCGAACUCGAUAUCGGCGGCAAACGACCUGACGGCGCUGGCGCCGGGGUUCGUGAAUCUGCGGCGCGGCCAGAUCAUCUGCGGGCUGGUGUCGUGGUGUCUGGUGCCGUGGAAGAUCCUCGUCUCCGCGGGCAACUUCCUGAACUUCAUGUCGGCGUAUGCGAUCUUCUUGGGCCCGAUUGCUGGGAUCAUGUUGUUUGAUUUCUGGGUGCUGAAGCAGCGGAAGUAUGAUACGUUGGCGUUGUAUCAGCGCGAGAAUGGGACGUAUGCGUAUGGGGGCUGGGGGGUUAAUUGGAGGGCUGUCCUGGCGUUUGUGGUCGGUGUGGUGCCGAAUCUGCCGGGGUUGAUUAAUUCGGUUAAUAGUAGUAUUGAUGUUGGGGUCGGCGUGCAUCCGUAUCAGUUUGGGUGGCUGUUGGGGUUUGUCGCCACUAGUCUUGUGUAUGUGCUGGUGUCGGUGGUGUUUCCGGCGAAGGAGUCCUUGGUGGAGGUCGCGGUUAUGCCGGAGGAGGUUUACGAUGCUAGGGACGGGGAGGGGAGUACGGAUGAUCAAGAGGGCGUGAUGAAGAAGGUCGAGUCUUAG